UGAUAAAGUAACCGUUGACGGUUUUCUCUUGUUCCUGAAAAAGCUUUUUCUCUCUGCUUAAGCAAGCAAUAUAUGCUUAAGAAACCCUAAUUACUCCUCAAAGUAUCUCUUCCUUCUUCUCCUUCCUGUAAUUAUUUGCGGUUACAAAAUUAAAAAACGCUCUCACUCCAUUUUUCUGAUUCUAUGGCGGAAACUAGUUUAUCGUUGAUAGUGCCAAACACAAAGAAGAAAACACCUCAAUUUUCUUCUUCUUCUUCAGUUGAGCUUUUUUGUAGGAACACUUUGUUCUAUGAUAAGCUUCCUUCACAACCUUUAAGGCUUUCUGUUCUCAAAUUAGACGGUUCUUCUUUCGAUAUUCAAGUUUCGAAGACCGCAACUAUUGCAGAGCUUAAGGAUGCUGUGGAAGCUGUUUUUAGUUACUCGCCUCAGCACGGUCCAGGCAAAAUUUCAUGGCCACAUGUUUGGGGGCAGUUUUGCUUAUGCUAUGAUGGAAUGAAGCUAGUCACAGAGGAGGAUCAUCUUAGAAAUUAUGGCGUCAAGGAUGGCGACCAGCUCAAUUUCAUCCGUCAUGUAUCAAACAAUUGUGGUGUUCAAAGAAAGCGGUCAAAGAAAAGAGUUUUCCAUAUGAAACAAAACAGGAGGUGCAAGUCGUCGCAAGUGAGUUACUGCAAACAGAACGAAAAUUGUGAUGAUGAUGACAACGACAUUGGCUCUGAUGAGGAAGCCUUAGAGAAUGCAGAGACCAAGCACCAAAUUGAAAAACUGCAUGUUAGAAAGAACAAGUUUACUGGCUUUGUGGGAGAGUUAUUGCACACACCGCUGGCAGUCGUGAGAAAAACUAGAACUCAAAACCAGAUUUUCCCGUCUACAAUUUCCAAGUGUUUGAUCGGCGGUCUUAAAAAGAUUAGAAGGAUUGUAUCCUUUGGCAGGAGGAAGCAGUAUCCUACACGGAGACAGUAUCAAUAGUAUUUCGCUAAGCCUCGUAACAUAUGCUAUGCAAGCUUUGACCCCUUGUAAAUUUUUUGAUUCAUCCAUUCAAUGUUCAUGUGAAAGUUUCCAAACACUUGAACUAGUCCCAUGAUAAUUUGUAUAAGAGUGGUUGGAAAAUACCUUUUGGAGUCCAGAUGUAAUUGAUUCUGGUGAUAGUGGAAUGAAUAAUUUAUGUUUGUUCUCUA